AUGGUGAAGGCGAAGAACGAUUCUCCGGUAAUGCCGGAAAAGAAAUUAUCAUUAGAAAGCUAUGCGAAGCAAUUCCGCAAGUUCACCAAGUGUCCGACGAACUACUUCAAAUUACAAAAACCACUAUCAAAAAAACUGACAGUGUUAACUAAAGGCAUCUACGAUCAUGGUACUCAAAAUCCUUUCUUCAUCAAAGAGGACGUGGUUCCGUAUCUCGAUGAAUUGGUCACGGAGAAGAUGGACCAUGAGCAAAUCUGGCAACAGCUAGAGCUUAAGAACGAUUUCUUCAUUGAGCAGGAUUUGAAGAAAUUUCUAGAGGUGGUUUCCAAAAACGCAAAACGACUGCAGUUGCCAUUCAGCACCGAAGCCAUUUCCGACAGUCACUCAGAGCAAGGAUCCAAUGAAGAGCCAGAGGAUUACGAUGAAGAAAAUGAAGCAAAUGGAAACGGAAAUGAAUCGUAUGAGGAAGGCGUGGAAGAGAAAGCCCCUAAAAAAAGAGGGAACCUUAAGAAGAAAGCUAAAAAGAAAUCCAAAACGAAAUCUUCCAUCGUUGAUGACCAGUUCUUUAAGCUAGAAGAUAUGGCCAGGUUCCUAGACGAAGAAGACGAACGUGAACGGCUAAAACAGCAUGGACUGAGAGAAAGCAAUCCUCUCAUUGAAAUAGAUUACUUUGAUGAACUUGCUGGAGAGGACGAAGGCGAUGGAGCUGAAAUGAAGUAUGAUGACUUUUUUGGUGAUGAAGACGAUGAGGUAGAUGAGAGCGAAGAUGACGAAAAUGGAGAAGAUAAAUAUAGCGAUGUUGCAGAGGAAGAAGGUGCCAAUAGCGAGGGUGAUGAUGAGAAUGGUGAUGCCGCUGAAGAAGACGAUUUAUCUGACGAGGCCGAAGUAGAGCGCAAUCGAAAACUGCGCUUUGAAAUCUACAGUGGUGAAGGGGGCGAAACUCCUUGGGUUGAUGAUAACCGUACCGCUAAGAAAACGGUGAUCGAUCAGCCAGAUUCCAGCGACAGCGAAGACGACAAGCAGCAUAAUACCGCCAAUGGACCGAAGUCGUCGUACGAGGAGAGGCAGGAAAAGUUGCAAGAGAAAAUUUCCAAAAUGGAAGCACAACUGCUGAAAGAAAAACCAUGGCAGUUAAAGGGUGAAAUUUCGGCAGAUACUCGUCCACAGAAUUCUCUCCUCGAAGAGGUGCUAGAGUAUGAACAUACAACCCGUUCGGCACCGGUCAUUUCGGAAGAAACGACGAUGCGGUUAGAAGAUAUCAUUAAACAACGCAUUAAAAACAAAAUGUUUGAUGAUGUUGAGCGAAAAGUUCGGCCUCCUGACAAUCCUCGAGAGUACCGUAAGCAGCUAGUGCUGGAUGGAGAAAAGAGUAAGGAAUCCCUGGCCCAGGUUUACGAACAGGAUUAUUUGAAGCAGUUGGAGUUAGCCAAUCCCGAUGCAUCUAUGCAAACAGAGGAGGAAGAGCCGAAAGAGCACAAGGAAAUACGGCGAAUGAUGAAGAUGGUACUAGCGCAGCUGGACGCGCUCUCGAACUUCCACUUUACGGCUCGUCCGGCCGUGCCUGAUUUGAAGAUUCUCACCAACACCCCGGCCAUCAGCAUGGAGGAGGUAGCUCCGGUUGCCACUAGUGAUGCCACCCUCUUGGCACCGGAGGAAGUGCACCGACGCCCGAAAGGAGAUGUCAUGUCGAAAGAAGAACGCACCAAAACAGAUCAAAAUCGCGAACGGCGCCUGAAGAAACGCUUCCAACGGGACAAGUUCCGCCGGGAAGCAGAACGCGAGCAGAAGCAACUAGAGAAGGCCGGCAACAGCAAUUCGAAACAGAGUCGUGCUCUGCAGACCUCGCUGCUAAAGAAGGUGACGAAGGCGAAAAAUGUUCAACAAAUGGUGGAAACCUCGGGUCCGGCAAAGUCUUCCAGCGCUUUCUUCUCGCAGCUGCAGGAUGAAGUUCGCUCCCAGGUGAAGGCAAAAGCAGAUGGGACAGUAAAAAAGAAAAAGAAAGUCAUCAGCAAUUUGAAUGCGUGCAGCCUAAAGCUGUAAAUGUAAAGUGCGUUG